UAUAUAAAGGCAAGUGCAAACACGCGAAGCCCUUUUGUUUUUCACUUGUCCAGUUUCCCCCCCAAACCGCAAGCGGAGCUCUAAGCCUAAGGGUUCCUGUGAAUCAAAUUGAUCAUUCAUAAGAUUGGAUAUAUAUAUAUACAUAUAUAUACACUUGUUUUUGUAUAUUCGCCUUCAUUUAACAGAUAUAAACUAAAUAAAUAAAUAGGUUUUACAAUAAAAUGGAGGCCUCCAUGGACGAGUCAUCAAUUCAAGGACAAGCUGGCGGUGGCGGUGGCGGUGGUCCUCUGACAGUGGAUACUGAAUCGCAAUCGCAGCACGACAGGGUACAGGAAGACGGAACCGUCAAUGAAGAAGAAGAAUUAAUGGACAAGGCUCAGAAAUUGAUGGAUAGGAUCACUUCUUCCCCUGAUAACCCUAACCCUACCGUCCUCCACGCCCUUUCCUCUCUCCUGGAAGCCCAGGAAUCUCUAUACAUGGAAAAAAAUGGCUAUUCAUCUUUUAAUAAUAGUCGUGCUUCUCACAACAUUGGACGGCUCGGGAACCUAGUGCGGGAGAAUGAUGAAUUUUUUGAUUUAAUAUCUACAAAGUUUCUAUCUGAAACUAGAUAUUCAACCUCUGUUCAAGCAGCUGCUGCAAGGCUUUUGAUGAGCUGUUCACUAACUUGGAUUUAUCCGCAUGUUUUUGAAGAACCUGUCAUAGAAAACAUAAAAAACUGGGUGAUGGAUGAGACUGCUAGAUCUGGGGAAGAGCGUCAUUGGAAGCAUGAUACGGGGAAAAAGGAGGCCUCAGAUUCUGAAAUGUUGAAAUGCUAUUCAACUGGACUUCUUGCAGUAUGUUUGGCAGGUGGUGGUCAAGUAGUUGAGGACGUGUUGACAUCUGGAUUGUCUGCAAAGCUUAUGCGCUUUCUUCGUAUUCGUGUCCUUGCAGAGACAAGCACAAACCAGAAAGAUGCUACUUUUUUAAUGGAAAGUAAGAACUUGUCAGCUGCUACUUGUAUUAGAGGUAGAGAAGAAGGUAGGGGUAGGGUAAGGCAGGUUCUGGAAGCAACUCAUGUAGAUAACCUGAGGAUAAAUGAUGAGAGGACUUUGGAUGAUCCAAUUGGUGGAGAACCACCUGAUAGGUUAGUCGAAGGGGUCGAUGUAGUAGAUGAAGAUGGUGGGGAUAGAUGGAAUAGUCGAGACCCACGUGAUGGUAAAAUAAAAUUUGGAGAUCUUGAUGACAGUGGGAAAGAUGACUCAUCAAGACGUAGGCCCUCCCGUGGAUUGGCAAGACCCAGAGGGAAGGGAAGAGCUAGUGAAGCUGCUUCUGAAAAUGAGCAGGGUUUGACAUCUCCGGGAUCUGGUAGUCGAUCGGGGCAGGGACGGAUUUUUAGGGAUAGGAAUUUGAUAAAAAGUUUAGAUUUGAGAAGAGGACAGGAGGCAAGAAAGUAUCCAGGAAAUUUAAAUCCUGAUGGUUUUAUCGUGGAAAGAGAGGAUACUGAUGAUUGCUUUCAGGAAUGCAAAAUUGGAACCAAAGACAUUUCUGAUCUGGUCAAGAAGGCAGUUAGAGCUGCUGAAGCAGAAGCUACUGCUGCAAAUGCACCCGCUGAAGCCAUCAAAGCAGCUGGUGAUGCUGCUGCUGAAGUUGUCAAGAGUGCAGCCUUGGAGGAAUUUAAAUCUUCCAACAGCGAAGAAGCUGCAGUUUUGGCUGCUGCAAGAGCUGCAUCGACUGUUAUUGAUGCUGCUAAUGCAGUUGAAGUUUCUCGUGACAGGAACAGAUGCAGUAAUGAUGACUCGGUGACUUCUGGCGGUACAGAAACAGAAGCUACUGAGGAUGCUGAAGAAUACUUCGUUCCUGAUUCUGAAUCACUUGCACAGAUUAGGGAAAAAUUCUGCAUCCAGUGCCUUGAGAUAUUAGGGGAAUAUGUGGAAGUUCUGGGGCCUGUCCUGCAUGAAAAGGGAGUAGAUGUUUGUCUUGCAUUAUUGCAACGCAGUUCUAAACUUACGGAGGUAUCAAAGGCAGCGACCCUCUUGCCUGAUGUGAUGAAGCUCAUCUGUGCAUUGGCUGCACACCGUAAAUUUGCUGCAUUAUUUGUUGAUAGGAGUGGCAUGCAGAAAUUACUAGCCGUCCCUACGGUUGAACAAACUUUUUUUGGCCUAUCUUCAUGCUUAUUUACUAUAGGUUCUCUUCAGGGAAUAAUGGAGCGUGUAUGCGCACUUCCUUCAGAUGUUGUCUACCAAGUGGUUGAAUUAGCUAUUCAACUUCUUGAGUGCCCUCAGGACCAAGCCCGGAAAAAUGCAGCCUUGUUUUUUGGUGCGGCAUUUGUCUUCAGAGCUGUUAUUGAUGCUUUUGAUGCUCAAGAUGGUUUACAGAAGUUGUUGGGCCUUUUAAAUGAUGCUGCCGCAGUUAGAUCCGGGGUUAAUUCAGGUGCAUUGAACCUGUCUGGUGCAUCAGCUCUACGUAAUGAUCGUUCACCACCAGAAGUCUUGACAUCAUCAGAGAAGCAAAUAGCUUAUCACACCUGUGUUGCUUUGAGACAAUAUUUCCGAGCACAUCUUCUUUUGCUCUUGGAUACCAUCCGUCCCUACAAAAACAAUCGAAGUGUGGCUCGGAAUAUUCCAAGUGUAAGGGCUGCAUACAAGCCACUUGACCUUAGUAAUGAGGCUGUGGAUGCAGUUUUUUUGCAGUUACAGAAGGAUAGAAAACUGGGUUCUGCAUUUGUGAGGACUCGUUUUCCUGCAGUUGACAAGUUUUUACUUUUUAAUGGGCAUAUUACUAUGUUAGAAUUAUGUCAGGCUCCACCUGUCGAACGCUAUUUGCAUGACCUGCUUCAGUAUGCAUUGGGCGUCCUGCAUAUUGUUACAUUGGUAAAUGACAGCCGCAAAAUGAUAGUAAAUGCCACAUUAAGCAAUAAUCGUGUUGGUAUAGCUGUCAUUCUGGAUGCAGCAAAUAUUUCUGGUAACUAUGUUGACCAUGAGAUCAUACAGCCAGCAUUGAAUGUGUUGAUCAAUCUUGUUUGUCCACCUCCUUCAAUUAGCAAUAAACCGCCGCUUCUUGCACAAGGUCAGCAGACUGCAUCUGGUCAAUUCACAAAUGCUUCUGCUAUGGAUGGUAGUAACAAAAAUACAGAACGUAGCCUGAGUGAUCUAAGGGAACGGAGCGGGGAGUCAAGUGUUGCUGAUCGAGGCAUUGUUGCAGCUUCUGCUACUCGAUCCAUUAGUAGCACUUCACAGACACCUGUUCCUACAGCAGCUUCAGGAUUGGUUGGAGAUCGAAGAAUAUUUUUGGGUACCGGAGCUGGUUGUGCUGGCCUUGCUGCGCAAAUGGAACAAGGAUAUCGUCAAGCAAGGGAAGCUGUUCGUGCCAACAAUGGUAUAAAGGUUCUUCUCCAUCUUCUACAACCACGCAUAUAUUCACCUCCUGCUGCUCUCGACUGUAUUCGUGCUCUUGCUUGUCGGGUACUGCUUGGUUUAGCCAGGGAUGAUACAAUUGCGCACAUAUUGACCAAACUUCAGGUUGGGAAAAAGUUGUCGGAGCUAAUUCGAGACUCUGGUAGUCAGAUGCCUGGAACUGAUCAAGGCAGGUGGCAAGCUGAACUUGCCCAGGUGGCAAUAGAACUAAUUGCGAUUGUCACAAAUUCAGGGCGUGCAAGUACGUUAGCUGCUACUGAUGCUGCUACCCCUACUCUGAGGCGCAUAGAAAGAGCUGCAAUUGCUGCUGCAACACCUAUCACUUAUCAUUCUAGGGAACUUCUGCUCCUCAUGCAUGAACACCUUCAGGCUUCUGGUUUGGCUGCAACUGCUGCUACACUGCUGAAAGAGGCCCAAUUGACACCUUUGCCAUCACUGGCAGCUGCAUCUUCCCUCAUGCAUCAAACUACCACACAAGAAACUCCUUCAACACAGCUCCAGUGGCCCUCUGGUCGAACCCCUUGUGGGUUUAUGUGCAAGAAAUCCAAAGCAAUUGCACGUGAUGAGGAUUCCUGCUUGAGGUGCGAAUCAGCUUUGUCUUCAAAGAAGAAACCUCUUGUUUUCUCACCAACUUUCAAUUCACAGUCAAGAAUUCAGUCUCUAACCCUUGAUUCCAAUCAAUCCUCAUUUAAAAAAGCCUCAAGUGGUCCAAAACAAUCUGCUGCUGCCGGAAAUUUAUCAGAGGCACUACCAGAAGCCUUGCCAAAAAAUAAUCCUGACACAGAAUCUUUAUGUAAAACUCCAAUUGUACUGCCAAUGAAACGGAAGUUAUCUGAUCUGAAAGAUGUUGGUUUGGCAUCAUCUGGGAAGCGAGUCAACACUGGUGAGCAUGGACUUCGUUCUCCAGUUUGUUUGACACCAAAUGCUGUGCGUAAGAACAGUUUACUUGGUGAUACUGUUGGAUAUUGUACACCAAUUUCCAAUUUGAGGGAUUUACAUGGCCGAUCAACACCAAGUAGUUUGGUAGAUUAUCUAGAUGACAACCAAUACGGUAAUUGCACCCAGCCUGGACUGCUAAAUGAUCACCAACCCAGCAACUCAGAGCGGUUAACUCUUGACUCUCUUGUUGUUCAGUACUUGAAGCAUCAGCAUCGCCAGUGCCCAGCUCCUAUAACCACUCUUCCGCCACUCUCUCUCUUACACCCGCACGUUUGUCCUGAACCGAAAAGGAGUAUUGAUGCCCCAUCAAAUGUAACAGCUAGGCUUGGGACACGUGAAUUCAGAAGUAUAUAUGGUGGGGUCCAUGGAAAUCGCCGAGAUCGCCAAUUUGUAUAUAGUCGAUUCAGGCUGUUGAGAACUUGCAGAGAUGACGCUGAUGCACUUUUGACAUGCAUAACUUUUCUUGGGGAUUCCUCUCAUCUUGGAGUUGGCAGUCAUACAGGAGAGCUUAAAAUUUUUGAUUCCAAUAGCAAUAGUGUGCUUGAGAGUUGCACAAGCCACCAGUCUCCUUUGACAUUUAUUCAAUCAUAUAUAUAUGGUGAAACACAAUUGCUGCUCUCUUCAAGUUCCCAGGAUGUCCGCUUGUGGGAUGCUUCCUCAAUCUCAGGUGGACCUGUGCAUUCACUUGACGGGUGCAAGGCUGCAAGGUUUAGCAAUUCUGGAAAUGUAUUUGCCACCUUAACGGUUGAGCCAGCACGACGUGAAAUUCUCCUUUAUGAUGUCCAAACCUGUCAAGUGGAAUCAACUCUGUCAGAUACAGUUUCGAGUUUUACAGGCCGUGGCCAUGUUUAUUCCCUUAUACACUUUAGCCCUUCAGAUACAAUGUUGCUCUGGAAUGGAGUUCUGUGGGAUAGGCGGCAGUCUGGUCCCGUUCACCGGUUUGAUCAGUUUACUGAUUAUGGUGGUGGGGGUUUUCAUCCUGCUGGGAAUGAGGUGAUUAUAAACUCUGAGGUCUGGGAUCUUCGGAAGUUUAGGCUCCUUCGAAGUGUACCGUCAUUGGACCAAACAGCAAUAACAUUUAAUGCACGUGGUGAUGUCAUUUAUGCAAUCCUGAGGAGAAAUCUUGACGAUGUAAUGUCAGCUGUGCAUACCCGUCGUGUAAAGCACCCUUUGUUUGCUGCGUUUCACACUGUAGAUGCCAUCAAUUAUUCGGAAAUUGCCACUAUACCAGUAGACCGCUGCGUCCUUGAUUUCGCAUCAGAGGCAACUGAUUCUUUUGUUGGUUUGAUUACAAUGGAUGACCAAGAAGAGAUGUAUUCAUCUGCUAGGAUAUAUGAGAUUGGUCGGCGAAGGCCAACAGAUGAUGACUCUGAUCCUGAUGAUGCUGACAGUGAGGAAGAUGAGGAAGAUGAUGAUGAUGAUGAUGAAGAUGGUGAUGUGGAUCCCAUUCUGGGUGCAGACCUGGAUGGGGAUGGUGAGAGUGAUGCUGAUGAUAUGAGCAAUGAUGAUGAUGAUGAUAGUGCGAGCGAUCUCGAUGAUGAAGAGGAUGAUGGGGAUUUUAUGAUGGAUGGUAUGGACUUUGAUGGGGGAGGAGCAGGGAUACUGGAAAUUGUGACUGAGGGUGAUGAAGAGGAUGAUGACAGUCAGUUGGUUGAAUCUUACAGCAGUGGCGAGGAGGAUGACUUUGUCAGUAAUGGUUUUAACUAUUAAAUGUUUUAUUUCCGAGUCUUCAAGUCGCUACUAAGUCUAGAUGAUGUAAUUAUUAUUAUUAUUAUUAUUAUUUUUCUCUUA